CUUAGCUUACAUAAAGCGACACUCAUCCAAUCGCCCUCCUCAUCUCUCCUCCAAUUCUCAUCACUUCGAUCCUCUCCUUUCCUUCCUUCCAAACACCAUGGCCGCCUCUUCCCCACGCGAGGAGAAUGUCUACCUUGCCAAACUGGCCGAGCAAGCUGAGCGCUACGAGGAAAUGGUCAAGUUCAUGGAGAACGUCGUCGCCGCCGUGCCGGACUCCGACGAGCUCACCGUCGAGGAGCGGAACCUCCUCUCCGUUGCCUACAAGAACGUUAUCGGUGCUCGUCGUGCCUCCUGGCGCAUCGUUUCCUCCAUCGAGCAGAAGGAGGAGGGCCGUGGGAAUGCCGAUCACGUCUCCGCGAUCCGGGAGUAUAGGUCCAAGAUCGAGACCGAGUUGUCGGAUAUUUGCGCUGGAAUUUUGAAGCUUCUGGAAGAGAAGCUUGUGCCGGCCGCGGGGACUGGGGAUCCCAAGGUUUUCUAUUUGAAGAUGAAGGGAGAUUACCAUAGGUACCUGGCCGAGUUCAAGACCGGCGAUGAGAGGAAACAAGCGGCCGAAAACACACUCACCGCCUAUAAAUCUGCUCAGGAGAUUGCAAGUGCUGAACUAGCUCCAACUCAUCCAAUCCGUUUAGGAUUGGCUUUGAACUUCUCUGUGUUUUACUAUGAGAUUUUGAAUUCUCCUGAUCGCGCUUGCAACCUUGCAAAACAGGCUUUUGAUGAAGCCAUCUCUGAGUUGGACACUCUAGGAGAGGAUUCAUACAAGGACAGCACUCUGAUAAUGCAACUUCUUCGUGAUAAUCUCACUUUGUGGACCUCAGAUAUGCAGGAUGAUGGAACUGAUGAGAUUAAAGAGGCACCCAAAAAGGAGGAAGAGAAACAACAGUGAAGCCACUAAUCAUUAUCAUUAUCUUUGCAAUGUACUUCUCUGGUUGUUUUUGUUUGGAGAGGUUGACUUCAUUUCGCCUUCUAUUAAAUUACAUGAAUUUAGGUGUUCAUGAUGGAAGUUAAAAAGCUGCUGAAAGUCUCCUAGUAUUUCACGGCUUAAUUGUUUCUUAAAACUAAGUGAGUUGAUUUAAGAUUUAUCCAAGCUUAAUGUUUGUGUGAAAGAAUCAUUCUGCUAUUAACAAGCAACCUGCUUUUAUGCUUUAAUGCUAUCUUCAUUAUCUGGUUUCUGCUAAAAAAACGAUGAUGCUGUA